AUGGCAAUAAAGAAAAGAUCGCCUUUGAUUCCUACCGGCUUGUUACUGUUAUACGUCGGGGUGUUGUCAGCACAGACUUUUCCGGUAGAGAAGAUUGCGGUUGGCGCUAUUUUUGAUCAAAAUACCGAGGAAAUACAAAAUGUCUUCAAAUACGCGAUGACGGUACAUAACCAGAACAUUAGCAGCAGGCGCUUGGAGCUCCAGGCUUACGUCGAUGUCAUUAAUACCGCUGAUGCAUUCAAGUUGUCACGGCUCAUUUGCAACCAGUUCGCCCGAGGCGUGUUUGCUAUGCUAGGCGCAGUAACACCUGAAGCUUUUGAUACGCUUCAUUCAUACACAAACACUUUCCAAAUGCCUUUCGUCACACCGUGGUUUCCAGAGAAGGUUAUACCACCAUCUUCGGGACUUAUCGAUCACGCCGUGAGUAUGAGGCCAGAUUACCACAAGGCAAUAGUCGACACUAUUUUGUACUACGGAUGGAAGGAAAUAAUUUACAUGUAUGACUCACAUGACGGUUUGCUACGCCUACAACAGCUUUACCAGACCAUGCAGCCGGGACGGACAACGUUUCGAAUCUCGCUUGUGAAACGCAUUAAUAACGCGUCAGACGCCAUGGAAUUUCUUUUGGCUCUGGAACAGUACGACCGAUGGAGCAGUAAACGCAUAGUGCUUGAUUGUAACGCUAAAAACGCGAAAAGCAUUUUGGUGGAGCACGUCCGGAAAGUACAACUAGGUCGCAGGACAUAUCACUACAUGCUCAGUGGACUGGUAAUGGAUGAUCAUUGGGAGAAUGAAGUAACUGAGUACGGAGCUGUAAAUAUCACAGGCUUUCGAAUUGUAGAUCACUCUCGAAAGGUUGUUCGCGAUUUUAUGGAUGGAUUACGCAGGAUGGACCCACGUUUUAAGGGAACCAUAUCGGCACAAACUGCGCUAAUGUACGAUGGGGUACAAGUAUUGAUGGACGCUCUUGGAAGACUAAUGAGGAAAAAGCCCGAUGCCUUUAGAAGUGCUCUACGUCGGGCAGCUGCUCAAGCGAACUCCACCAAAGUAAUUGAUUGCAAUCCUGGAAAAAGCUGGGUAAUACCGUUCGAACAUGGUGAUAAAAUUACAAGGUUGAUAAAGAAAACGGACAUUGAAGGCCUGACAGGUAAUAUCUCAUUUAAUGAAGAAGGUCACAGAUACAAUUUCACAUUGCAAGUUGUGGAGAUGACUGUUGAAAGCGCCAUGAUUCAGGUCGCUACAUGGACAGACAAACAAGGUCUUACAUUAGUAUCACCGAAAUAUAUUCAACUUCAUUCACCAUCAUCCUUGGAUCCGAAUAAAACAUACAUCGUUACAACAAUACUCCAAGAGCCGUAUAUGAUGCUGAAACCUGUAGAAUACGGCCGAAAAGAAGACCAGUUUCAAGGAUUCUGCAAAGACCUUUUUGAUUUAAUUGCCAAAAACCUGAAAAUAAAAUACGAAAUUCGACUGGCGAAAGAAAAUAGAAUCGGCAGCGGCGAGAAUCCUGAUGCCUGGUCAGGUUUAGUGAGCGAAAUUGUCAAAAAGGAAGCGGAUUUGGCGGUGGCUGCUUUAGCUGUUACAUCUGAAAGGGAGCGACUGGUAGACUUUAGUGAACCAUUUAUUUCUAUCGACAAUCCGGUUAUGUAUGCAAGAACACCAAAGCUAUUAGCAGAUACAUUCAGUUUUCUAAGGCCAUUAUCAAAAGAAAUUUGGUUAUGUAUUCUCUUCAGUUUCUUCGCCGUGAGCAUAGUUCUUUUCUUGGUAUCGAGGUUCUCCCCUCACGAAUGGCGUUCAAUAUCAAUUUCGGAUACACAUAUUGAACAACCUAUAACUAGCACAAACGAGAUAAUACUACACAACGAAUUCAGCAUUUGGAAUUCAUUCUGGUUCUCACUUGGAUCGUUUAUGCAACAAGGCAGCGACGUGGUACCAAGAUCACUAUCAGGAAGAAUAGUUGGCACAGUUUGGUGGUUCUUCGCUCUCAUCCUAGUAUGUUCAUACACUGCUAAUCUCGCUGCUUACCUCAUAGUGGAACGCAUAGCGGAGCCAGCCCACUCCCUUCAACAUUCACCGCGAUUCCAUACCGAAGAUCCUGCUACAUCAAUCUACAAUUUAUUGAAUGAUCCUGAAUUAGUACCUAAGGAUGCUUCCCUGAAAAAUCAGUUUACAAGUGAUAAAAAUAAUCAAGGCUGCAAUACGAUAUCACGCGUUUGCAGAUAUAGGCAUAUUAAUUUUGCUAUUGCCAUGACUAAAGGAUCGCCUUUGAGAGAGGGUAUUAACAUUGCAAUUGUGAAUUUGAAGAAAGAAGGCGUUAUAUCGCAACUGUGGCAAAAAUGGAUUUCUAUUAACAAUAAACCCGACUGCGAAAUGAUAAAAGAUGAGGAGACUACUAUUACAGAAAUGACCCUAAGUCAAGUAGCAGGAAUAUUCUAUGUACUUGUUGCCGGAUUAGUCCUUGCCUUGACGGUUGCGUUAUUCGAAUUCUGCCAACAUGGUCGCGCAGAAGCGGCAAGAGCGAAUGUGCCUCUGCGCGCUGCUCUCAGAGCCAAGGCAAAAUUUGCAUCUCGUUCAGAGCAUAAAACACCUCCUCAACGUACACCUCAACGUGAUCUUGACCGUCUUGGAUGGAAUGGAACUGCUUUUGCUGGGUAUUUUGCGGCUGGCACCCAGAUUUCUCAAGAUGACACUGUACAUGCCAGCUUUACUCAUGUCUGA